GACCUGUACUCCACCGUCCUCGAGGUACUUUCAAUUAAUCCAGGACGGGUUGGACCAUUCAGCUUUUCCCGCAACCCUCAGAGUGUAGAAUAAGACAACCCGCUUCUAUCGGCACUGUUCGUAACGUGUCCGAAAAUAGCACAGGCUGUCGGAGCGACGCAGCCACUUGAGAUCGUCAGAGUCGGGGAAGACAACACAUGGUCUUGGAAAAAUCUACAGCAGACGAUCUGCAGUGUGUACGCGGGGACACAAAAUCGAACGGUACUGUGGUAUCACAGUGUACAUGGAACUGAUGGAUGUUUCCCUCGAUGAACAUGCCUCCUUGUCGUCUACACCAAACCAGCGAUCCUACACACCCACACAGGAUGAGUUGUCAACCACACCUACACAGGAUGAGCAUUCCUCAAAACAUACACAGGAUGAGCGAUCCUCGACACCUAUGCAGGAUGAGCCUUCAUCCACACCUACGCAGGAUGAGCGAUCCUCGACACCUACACAGGAUGAGCGAUCAUUCAUACCUACACAGAAUGAAUCAUACUUGGAUGAACGUGACUGUUCAACACCGACUUUAGAUGAACAUUUGCUGGAAGGAUCAGGAUUUGGCAAUAACCUGAGCCAGAAUGAAACUGCAGUUAGUGAUUGCAGCACCAUGUCAGUCAAUGUGCAGAACUUGACUUCAGAUUCAUCAGAAGAACGCCUUUGUUCAUCCGAGAUUGUUGAUGGUGAUGCUAAUGUGAAGCAUGUUAAUCCUGUGGACACUACUGACAGAAGUAAUAAGAUGCUGCAAGUAGAGGAUAAUGAUGGUGAAAUGAGAAUUGACGUACUUCAGUCAGAUGAUAAUGGUAGUGAGAGGAGAACUUGUGAGGCAUCUCAAGCUGAUGAUAAUGAUAGUAAGAGUGCUGGUAUGGAUGAAAUAGGACCUGAAAACCGAGACCGUGAUGCUAACAACCAAGGCACAAAACCAAAUGCUGAGACAAAACCUACAAGACAUGUUGAAAUAACAGCAGACACUUCAAAAGACAUUCAUUCAGAUCAGAGCUUGGAUUCUUUAGUAGAAGAGCAGACAUCUGAAUCCAUAAUGACUUCUCAAAACCAAACCAAUUGCAGCUUAAAAACCAAUAGUUCAUCUCAAAUUGCUGAUGAUACUUCAGACAGAAUAACUAGUAAUCCACAUUUCAAAUCUAGUAAUACAUGCAGCAAAGUCACUGAAGAGUCAUCUAUACCAUCUACCAAUGACAAAUUCAUGACAGCAGCUUCUCAAAAUGAUUUCAAAUGUACAAAGUGUUCUUUAAUAACCAGUGAUGAAGACAAGUAUAAGACUCACGUUUGUCAGACAAGUACCAAUGCAAGUGAUGCCUACAAAGGACAGCAAAUUGCAAUAACAUAUGAUGACAGUAAUUUCUUUUGCAGUGCAUGUGAAGUUAAAGCUAAAGGCCAUGCUUUUGAAGAACAUCUGAUGUGUCAUCUGGUUGUGAAACCAUACCAGUGUAUUUACUGUUCAGAGGCGUUUGUGAACCGUCGAGAAAUGAGUCAACAUGUUAGUGUUGCACACCCUGGAAAGAAGAUGAACUGUGCUUUAAAAGCUCUCAGUAGAGCUAAGAGAUUGAUGGCUGAAGCACAGAAAACAGGUUCUUUUGUUUUCUGUGCUAAAGUGUCUGGUAAGGUUCCCCUCCAGGUUAAUCCAGAUAAAAAACCUAAAAUAAUUAAAGAAAAAUCUGAUUCGACAAAAUCUUACCCUCAAUCUGGGUCUGUAUUGCCAGCAUUAUCAAAUCCAGAUGGUACCAAAACAGAUGAUUCCAAACCUGACAAUCUGUAUAGAUCAAACAAAAUCAAAGCAGAACACACAACACAUGGUGAAAGUGCCUGUUCCAAAGAUGCUGUUAAAUCCGACACAAACACUUUGACAUCUACAGGCCAGGAAGAUGAAGCUCUUGAACCUGGGGAUUGUCCAGUAGUAGCUGGUGACUGUCCUGUGGCAGCUGGUGAUAACCAGGUAUUAGCUGAUAUCGACCAUCAUGCAGAGAACGAAGAUCAAAGUAAUUCAUCAAUUGUUGAUGAUGGAAACCAAGAUACUAAUGAAGACUUGACAAAUAUUUCAGUGAAUAGUGUUAACAAGCCUCCAGCAGAAAAUUAUAAAAGUGAUUCAGUGUUAGGUGAAACCAAAGUGGCUGUCAGUUCCACAGAGGAUGUUACAAGGCAUGAUUCAGUAGAGAUGGAAGAAAGUAAUUCACUAGACAAAGAACCAUUUGAUUCAGAAAGAAAUGACAAACAUACAGACACUUUACAAUCUGUUGUUAGCAGCGAACCACCAGAAACUGAAGUUCUUUCAGGAGAAAUGGAAGUUAGUACAUCAGAUGAUGUUGAAGGUGUUUCAGAAACUAGUAAAGAGCAAACAGAGAUUCUGCAGACUGACAUUAUAAAACCAUAUGAUACCCUGAUAACUAGUUCUGACAAAGAAAUGUCUCAAAUGGUAGAUGACACUGAUAGUGCUGGUAUAGAAUCACCAGAUUCAUUAGACAUUGAUAAUAAGGAAACAGCAAAUAAUGGUGAUGAACAUUUGACCUCAAGUAAUGCUGAUAUAAUCGAGGUAAUUGAGCAUGUCACAGAACAAGAUGAAAACAAAGAAGCUAGUGCAUCAGAAAAUGUUGCAGAUGGUUCAAGAACCAGUAAAGAUGAACUCAAUAUUUUGGACAUCAAAGACAUACUGGAUAACAUGCAUCCUUCAGAACACAUGAAUGAUGGCCAGGAAAAAUCUGAUAUUUCAUACAUUGUUGAAAAUUACCCCACAGGUGAUUCUUCUAAAGACUCAGUAAAUGUUCCAAUGGACACUGAUGAAAAGCAAGUAACAAGUACUGAUGAGCAGCAUGUAGAAGAUGCUAUGAAGUUGGAUACUGUGAAAGAAGCUUUAGGAAAUGAUGUACAGGUGCUGCAUGAGGAACAUGAUCCUGAUGUCCCAGACAGUAAAGAGAACCAGGACAAGAAGCAAGAAGAUGAUCUUUCUGGUGAUUCACAGCCAGAUUUGUCCAGCACACAGGCCAGCCAAGAAGCUACUGAUCAGAUGGAAGUUAGUGGAGUAUACACAAUAAACUCUGAAAAUGAUGAUAGGACUGAAAUGCUAAGGUUUGAGACUGGUAGCAACAGUUCUGAGAUUCAUGUGGAAAACAAAAUGCUGAUGAAGUCUGAUAAGUCAUCGUCUCUGGCUGAUGAAGGACAGGAGCUAAAAAUUGUAGAUUCUUUUUCACUCGAUAUGGAUGAUGAUUCUUUCUCCUCGGAAUCAGUUGGUAGUAAAAUUAAUUCAGAGGAAGUUGUUCUUGAUGAGGUUUCUGAUAAAAUGGUUGAAAAUAAUUCGGUUAAGUCAACCAGUGACGAUGAAGAUGUUGAUGUUAAAUUGCAAGAAAAAUCUAAUGCUGAAGAACAAACUAAUAAUGCCACUACAUCUUUUGUUCCAGGAAAUAUAGAAACAUUGAUUGCAGAUGACGAAGUUAAUAAAAAGAGUACCAUUCUUGAAAAUGUUUUAAAAUCACCUGAUGAAGUACAGCCAUUGCCUUUUUCCACAACAGAAAAACCAGUAACUCCAUCACAAGAACAGACUGCAUCCAAACCGGUGCCAUUUCAGAGCCGUAUUCAACAUUAUCAUAUGAGGAAUUCAAACUUCUAUAUCUGUGGUUUAGGCUGUUCCUUUAGCUGCUUGAAUUCCAUUGAGUUCCGCGAUCAUUUGUUACUGGAACAUGCAGGGGAGGUGAGCUUCGCAUGCUACUACUGUGGUUAUGUGGCACAUUCUGAAGAUAGCCUUCUGAAACACAUGAUCAAUCAUGCACACACAUAUAACAAGGCUGCUCCUUUAUAUUUCUGUGGUGUUGGUAGGUGUAAGUUUGGAACCAAUCUCUUAACUGACUUUCUCAAUCAUAUGCAGAUCAUGCAUAGUGGCUGUACUGCUUACAAAUGCAGAGAAUGUGAUUACAUGGCAGAUAGUGUCGAGAAACUUGUGAAACAUUUCAAUGAAAAUUAUCUCCAUGUUGUUAACUGUCCCCACUGUACAUGCAAAGGAAGUGAUCGUUGUGUGAUUCUGCGACACAUUGCCCAGUAUCACCCAGGAAAGGCAAAAAUGGUUCAAGUGGCCAAACAGAUGAUUUGCAAAGAACGCAAGCAGAACAACUUUUAUCAGAAUCAACGUUCAUGUGCUACACCGGAGGAGUCUGAAACAUUACCACAAGGCCUGUCACAGAUUAAAGUGGAGCCCACUGCAACUGCUGUUGACAGUUAUGUUGAGAAGUUUGAGAGCAGUCCAAAGAUAAAGGUCAAAAAGGGUGAAAACAUAGAAAAGCACAUAGAACCACCAAAGUGUGAUCACUGUACAUUUGUAGCCCGAGAUGCUCGCCGGUUACAGAGUCAUAAGAACUGUCAUGGCCUGCCUCAGAUUAAGAGACAUCGAUUUCGCUGCAUUUACUGUCCUCAAGGAUUUGAUGCUUCUGCCAAAUUUAAGACUCACAUUGCUUGUCACCCAGGUCUAAUAAAGUACUGGAUCUACUGCUGCAGGCGCUGUGACUUCGACACUAAUCAACGUCACGUGAUCUUGAAGCAUAUCAAAACAAAAGACGACCUUCACCAUCACACUGGGGAAGACGAAGACAUGUUUUCUGUGGUAGAGAGAAUCAUGGAGAGUCGUGUUCUCGAGUGUGAGCAUUGUAAUUUUCAGACGAGACACAAGCUCCAUCUUCAGAUCCACUACGAACGAGACCACCGAGUUGUAAAGGCAGCAGCACAGUCUUCAACAGACAGAGAUUCCACUCCACCAGGUCACAGCUCACCUGUCCAUUUCAAGAGUCCUGCUACAAUUCAGGUCCCACAGUACAACAAACCAUCACGGAAUAUUAGCUUAACUGCCGUGUCUGGUGGACAGGUGCAGGAGAAUCGGUUGAAGAAGUUUAAGUGUCCUCACUGUCAGUAUCUCGUACCCAAAGCUGCAGACUUGAAGCAGCAUGUUAAAAGGCAUGAUUACCUGGGGAAAAUCUCUUUGAAUAUAUUUCGAUGUAAGUACUGCAGUUCCUCUUCCACGGCCAGGGACCUGGUUUUUGAGCAUAUCCGAGAAAAGCACUCGGGGAAACCUCUGCAGCUGGUGAGAAAGACUGUUGACAUUGACACCCGGGGAACUGAUAACACAUUUUCAGAAACCUCCGUUGCAGAAGCACCAAUAUCAUCUAGUGACUAUAACCCUCACAUCCCUGCCAUUAAUCCAGUGAUGCCAAUUUCAUCCUCCAAUCCCAUGAUUGAUAGGUUUCAUUGUGAGACAUGUGCCUUUUCAACUCCAAGUCGUGAGGUGUUUGACAACCACUUGCAGCUGCACAACACUAAAGGAGGGAUGAAAGGGAUGACCUCACCUGAUGAGGACUCUGAUGAGGAGGAUUCCUCAUUCACAGAGAUGAAACACUCACCAAACUCCAGUGAUAACCAGACGGAAUGGGAGCCUUCUGAUAAGGUGGAAAAAAUCCUCCAGGUAGUUAUUGUCCCUAAGUGUGUUGCAACGGAUACGCUGACAGCACCAGCUCGGUGUCCUCAGUGUUAUUUUGCCUCAGGCUAUCGAUCGGCAUUUGUGUCACACGUGAAGUCCCUGCACCCAUUGGUCAUGGUGGUCAUGAGGAAUAACAACCAUGUCCAGGAGGUCACUGAAUCUGGCACAAUUGGCAAAUCAUUUUACCUUCCAGAGGAUCUAAGCCCUGAGGUACUGGUUAUUCCUGAGAAACAGGUCUUCUCUCAAGCAGUGGGUUGCCCUAAAUGUCCCAACUUUGCUACAUAUUUCAGACGCAAUCUUGUUCUCCAUAUCCAGAAGCAUCAUUCUGAAGUUACAGCCAUGGGGUACAGCUCUUGGGGUGGUUGGCGCAAUGAGGAUGUUACAGACAGCAAGACUAGCUCUACCAGUUCAGGCCAAUCAAACUCACUUCAAGAUGAAUCAUGUAUUGUGGGAUCAGGAAAUUUGGAUGAGAAGAUAUCAAUUUUAUAUGAAAAUUAUGGAGCCAAACAGAAAUGUUUAAUUUGCACUUUAGAAAAAUCAAAGAAGUAUUUCAUGCAUAUUCAUAUUUUGAGACAUUUGGAUGUGUGUUUGUGGAAGUGUGCGUACUGUGCAUACCAAGGUCUAGAGAAGCACAAGAUCAAGCAGCACAUCAAGGAACACCAUCCUGAGAAAGCUACCUCAGUGGAGUAUGUCAUUGUGGAUAUCGACAGCAAAGUCUCACAGUUCCUCAAGCAGCUCGGCUUGAAUCGAAAUGCUCAUACAUUUUCUUACUCCAACAAAGAACCUCUCUCAGAAAUUGCUUCAGCAGCAUCUUCCCCUAAGAUGUUGACAGGUACUCCAGACAGCAAGCUGAAGAUGACUGGUCCACUAGGAACACCUGAGCUCGAUGACAAGAUCCGAUGUCUAUACGAGACGGUCAACAACAAGAGCAGAUGUAUCCUCUGUAGCUGUGAGUUCACGCGCAAGUUCGCCAUCCAUCGACACAUAGUGACCAACCAUCUGAAAAUAGCACUCAUUGGCUGUGGCUAUUGUGACUUCACUGGAGUGGACAAGCACUACAUUACUGAUCAUAUUCUGAUGCAGCACCCAAAAGCUCCCAUUAAAGUAAUUACUCUUGAUAUUGACAUACCACAAAAAGUUACUGAGCUGCUUUCCUCGCCAAACCCAGGAAAGCGUGGUACAGAUACAUUUUAUGAUUCUCGUAAUUCAUCAUUAUACGGCAAAGGUUAUAAAGCACGUCAAAAUGUUGACUCUGCUCCAAAGGCAUAUUUCCUUGGAAAAGAUCUGUUGGAUCAGAAAUUACAAUGUCUCUACAAGAAACAACCAGAUGGCUUCAAGUGUAAAGUCUGCGAGUGGAAAUUUCCCCGAAAGUAUGCGUGUCACCGACAUCUGUUCCUGAAACACCUAAAGAUCAACCUGUUUGGUUGUGCAUACUGUCACGCGAAGGCUGUGGAGAGAUACCUCAUCAUAUCGCACAUCAAAGAGGCUCACCCAGGAAGUCCUCCACAUGCACAAAUACUCAAGGUGGACAUUGACAAGAAGAUAUCAGAGUUUUUGAGUGGAAUGACUCAAGUUGCUGAAACGCUGAGCAACAUCAAGAGAGGAAUUGAUUCACACCCUGCUCCUCCUGAGGAAUUCUUCCCCGAGCAGAAACCAGACUUGACUCAAGUCAAACCUGCAGAUACUGGUAUGGUGGUUGCACUGUUUGGUCGAAAGAGAAAAGACUCUGACCCUGUUUUUCCAGCUGUGAUGAGUCCAGUGUCUCCAAAGAAACUAAAAACAACAUGCAGAAUGACUGAUGUCACAACCAAUAUUAAGGUUAUUUGUGUGUCUGAGGGGUCUCUAAAAAAAUAUGUUUGUGAGGUUUGCCGGUUCACAUCUCUUCACCGCUCUAACGUGUACCGCCAUGUGCUGAGGGUCCAUGAGAAGUAUCGAGAACAGGAGUGUCAGUACUGCGGUUACAAGACCUUGAGUGUUGUCCUCAUGCAGCAGCAUAUUGACAUAGAACAUGAAGCAGAUUCCUUACCCAGCAAGCUGUCCCAGGAUGACACAAAGCCUGUUAUAAAUGUGAAGCAAGAACAGAUUGAGGAGUCCACUCUGAUGCAGCCUGAUAUAGAAUCCUCUGAUGAGAAGGACAGCAGUCCUGUCGUAAAGCAGAAUCCAGGGUUACAGCACACGAUAAAAACCUACUGUUGUGCUUACUGCGAUUAUGAGACACACACCUCAGAGAACAUCCUCAAACACACAAAGGAGUUACAUUGUCAAGGAACGAAUGCCAGUAGUCCAUCGACAUCAGCAGCCACAACACCAGUAUCUGGUAAAUCGUCUGAGAGGCCAGUGUUGAAGACGAAUGUGAAGAAGGGCAUGUUCAGUGACAACCAGUACCUCAACUGCGGCUACUGCUCGUACAGGUCGGCCUCACUGCCAGAGAUCAAGGCUCACGCGAAGUACGAGCACCGGUCUGAAACUGCUCUUAUUGUUUCACCGUAUGCCUGGAAAUACAUCUGCAAGGUGUGUAGCCUGAAAAACAGUGCUGCAGGCAAGAUGAAGAAUCACAUCAACCGCCACAUUGAGUACCGGCCGUACACUUGUGGUUCGUGUGGCACGUCGUAUUCUUCAUCAGAUGAGCUGAGAAAGCACCUCAAGAACUACCAGCACGCUGAUGAGAUCCUGUACAUCAAGAACGACAAAAAGGAGAAGAAAGUGAACCAGCUGAUGAUAGAGAGUCGGCGGUGUGCAGAGAUGGUCAACUUGGGAACACCAUUCAAAUUUGACUUAGAGCACCCAGGCAGUUCUGAUCCAUCCCAGCUCUUUGACAUGGGUAAGGUGAGCGGUGAGAAACUGAAGACCGUGAAACGCAUGUACAACAAACCUAGUGUGAAGAAAAUCACCAGCACUUGGAAGACAGAGAGUCUCGGCAGCAGUGUCAAGUUCAAAUUUGUGAAGAAGAAACAAGCGACCGCGCAAAAAACCAAAUUCAGGUAUGCUCAGAACUGUCCGUUUGCCAAAAAAGUACCUGUGCGGGUGCACCCAAAAAAGGACAACUCCUUGGCUAAGAAAGACUUCUUCAGCUGUAACCACUGCAGCUUCCAGACAGCCGUCAGUAUUGAGGAGGUGAGGAAACACCACAGAGAGACUCACGUGGAUGAGGAGUUUGUGUGGCGCGACGGCAGACUGCACGUGACGUGUACCGAGUCUGGCAGCAUCCUGGAGUGUCUGAGCCGGAUGAAGAUGCCACCGGUCGAUGAACAGUUCACACACAAGCAGCUGAGUGGCAAGAGCACCAAGUUCUACUGCAACCGCUGCGAGUUCUCCUGCUGGGUUCUGCAGGCCAUCAAGUCUCAUCUACGCAUGCACCAGCCUCGACGAUUUCUCUGUCCGUACUGUCACAUGAGGUACCACAAAUGUGACAACCUGGAGAAGCAUCUGUUAUCGUCUCACCCCAAUCUUCCUGCGUGGGUCGUCCACCUGGAGGAGAGUGACGCCACGACGUACAUCGACGAUGUCACCGAGGAGGAGGCUGCGGUAGAGGUCACGUCUGCCAGUCCGGUGCCGCCAACUGCACCAGGCAAACAGAAGAAGAAGAAACUCAAGUCGAAACUUCUUGGACCGAAGACAAAACGCCAUCAGCGACUGAUGGCCGAAUUCAAGGAAUGGAGAUCCAAGGGUCAGCCAGUGCGGCGGACCAGCCAGACUGUGUUCUACUGCUGUCAUCAAUGCUCCUUCACCAGCGAGAGCCUUUAUCUGUUCCGCCUGCACCUGGCACAGCACGGCAACUACCGCCAUCUUGUGACCGACCUGACGAGCGAGUCGCCUCUCAAGUGCGGGUUCUGUCCGUACGUCGCGGGCGACCAGAACGACUUCAGCCUGCACCUGGAGACUCACUUCGACAUGCGCAACUUCAAGUGUGGUCACUGCAGCUACAGCGCGUACACCAAGGCUCAUGUUCGGUCGCAUCUAGCCAACUUCCACGCUGGCCUUGAGGAGAAGCUCAUAGACACAUCUUCGCUGGCCGUGGUGGAGAGUCGGACCGAGGAGACAACCAACAUGCCCAAACUGGUGAACCUUGACCCACAGGUGGUUCUGGAGGAUGUUCUGUACCUAACGGACCAGGACCUCGACAAGCUGAUGACUCUCAAGUCAGAGAACCUCAAGUUUGACUUCACAGUGCGACCUACAUCACACGAUGACCACACAGGUGGACAACCAAAUGAACAGGGUGUUGAUGGUCUGAGUGCUGAUACAAAUCUUGAUGUGGAGAGUUCUCGUGUGGGACAGUCUGAAGGUUUGGAAGGGAGUUCAAAGAGUAGGGAGUCACCAGCUGAUGAUGGACAUGUCAGUCCUAUGAGUCUCAGUGAGAUUCAGUUCACUGAAAUGUCCAGUGGUUUUGUUGAGUCUCUUUCCCCUGAUGAUGACCAUGUUGUGAAAUGGGACUCCGAACAAAAAGUAAACUCCGACAUUUUGUCAGAAAGCCUUGAAUCACAAACUACUUAUGUAGACACUCUUAUGCAUCAGAUAGAAACAGACAGCCUAAGUACUUCACAAGGAUUUCUUACAGAGGACAUUACCAAGAUGAAUUCCAUUGAUGCCUCUGAUUCUAACACUGGACAGUCCAUGCAACAUUCCUCAAAUAUCACAGACAGAUUAUCACUACCAAACACAGAUGAUGGGAAAGCACAGGAUAAAACUCUGAUAGAUGAUGACAGAUUAAUGGAAGAAGGAAAUGUGCUAGAUGAGGAUGCGGAUGAGUUAAUGGAUGAUGACAUGGUGGGUGAGCUCACACAAGAGAGAGGGGUGAUGGGUGAUGAACUGAAUGAUGCAAUUAAUAAAGUGAUGGAAGAACUCACAUCAGAGAAAGGGGUUAUGGGUGAUGAGAUGACUGAAGAGGUGGAUGAGCUCACACAAGAGACAGGGAUGAUGGAUGAUAAACUGGAUGAUGAGAUGACUGAAGUGGUGGAUGAGCUCACACAAGAGACAGUUAUGAUGGAUGAUAAACUGGAUGAUGAGAUGACUGAAGUGGUGGAUGAGUUCACACAAGAGACGGGGGUGAUGGAUGAUGACAUGGAUGAAGUGGAUGGUCCAGUAGAGAGUGGAUCGGGUCGGAGCGAGGCCGAGAGACCGGGAAAUUCAGGCUAUGAUGAUCCCGGAAAUGUUUUCAAUACACUGAACAGCUGGCUGGGUUCUUAGUGAUUCCAAACGAUUGCUUCAGAGUUACUUCCACUUGCAGAUUGUUAUACAGUGAAACCUGUCUAAACAGGACCCUGAACAAACCGGAAUCUGGUCACGGUUCAUGGUCCCGAAUUUUCUAAAUUCUAAAACACAACCCUCUAAUCACUGGAUCCUGUCUAAAUUGGAUAAUUAUUAUUUUCAUUUCAACUUAUUUUCGUGCUUAUGUACAAUUACGGUUCAAGCAUGCUAAUUAUUAUGUCCCCAGCGUGAUCCGGUUGAGACGGGUCUCACUGUGUACGACAACACGGGUCUAAACAGUAUAAAGAUAUGACAGAGGUAAACUGAAGUGGAACUGUGAGAAAAACAAACAUUUGGACAUCAUUUAAAACAUUUCUAACAGAAAUCCUGCAAAACUAAUAGAUAAAGUUCAUCUCUUUAAAAUGUACAGACAAGCAAUAUAGAUCAAAUGAGAUUAUCAUCAAAACUUUAAUUAGCUUAGGUAUUUGUUUUCAAUCCUGUAUUAACUAAAUAUACAUUAUUUGACUGAUAGAUUUGUUAUCAUAGCAUAAUUAUGUCAUCAUGAACAACAUAUACUGAACUAUGUGUGUUCUAAUUGAACAAUGCAAAAUACCAUGACUUAUAAAAACAUUGGAGAUAAAAUGUAUAUAAUUUUUUUUUUUAACGCAUCUGUUCUUCUGUUAUUGGUUGCCAAUCUAUAUCAAAACUGGUUGACGAAUUGAUGAGAAGUAUAUCAAAAAUACUUUGUCUAUAGUUUUAUGAUUAUCUUCACAUUUGAAAUGUUUUUAUUUAUUUGUACAACAGUAUUCAAAACAUAUAAGAGUUUUAAAAUAUUACUACAAUAGUAUUUUUCAUAUUCUUUCAUGUCAACACUUUGAAAUGACUGAACAAGGACUUAAUUAUAAGCAAGUUUGCUUUGUACAUUGUUUUUAUGACAUUAUUUUUAUUUUACAUCCAUUUGCCAGUACAUACUACUUUUUAUUAUCCACAUGGUUCAACAUAACUGAGUUAAUAAUAAUCAUACGAAGCACACAUGUAAUAACGAGUGUAAUGACGUAAUUUUUGGCAGCAACAUCCUAGCUCAGACUGUGCAUU